GCUGGUGAACUGGCCGAGUCGGGUAUCAGUCUUCGCUGCUCCGUUGAGCGAUGCACAUUGAGGCUUUCCAGUGGUGGAACGGAUGAUGUGUGUGCUGCAUUCAAAUUUGAAAUGUGA